AUGAAACAGACGAUUACAGGACAAUCGAGUUUGCAUGGUGCCUUUUUGUGGCGCCAGGUGGACACCAUUGUAGAACUAAAACAAAAUUGGCGAGCUAGGGAUGAUGCCGCUUUCGUUGACUUCUCGAUAAAGACAUGUUCACAGGCGGAAUUUGAGGGCUUUAAAGAUGCUCCAAUCGUAGUCACUAGAAAAUUUUUGUGGGACGCAUUAAAUGAUGCAAAAGCAUGCAAUUUUGCUGUGAAAUCACACCAGAAAUUCGAAGUGUAUCAUGUGCAUGAUAAAAUCAAGGGCAAAUAUGCUACGAUGGCACAGCAACGUAAGUUACCUUUGAUCCCGGGCAUGCCAGUGAUGAUCACGGAAAAUACGGCUACUAGUUAUCACAUUGUCAAUGGCAGUAGGGGCAUUCUCAAAUCCGUCACUUACGAUGUCGAUGCUGGACAGAUCAAAUUUGCGGUAUGUGCCUUGGUUGACAUCCCAAACAGCGCCCUAUCUGUACCGGGUUUAGCUCCUGGUGUGGUGCCCAUCUUGCCAAUAACAAGCAGUUUUGUCUUUGCUACAAGUGAAAAUAAGUUUAAUGUGAGACGCACACAACUACCUAUAUUACCUGGUUGGGCGUUUACAGACUUUAAGAUCCAAGGCAGCUUUAUCCCUAAAGUGGUGGUCAAUUUAGCCAGUGCAAAAUCGCUGCAGAGCAUUUAUGUGAUGCUUUCUCAGGCGAGUUGCUUGUGA